AUGACGCGCCACUUGGCUGUACGGCACAUCCGGAUGGUCCUGCAUCGCAGCUACAACAUCUACGGCGACGGCCUGUGCCAAUGCCGCCGGCACCUGAGGGCAAAUACGGCAUGGGAGCGGUUGAUGACAAAGGUCGGCGAGGCGUGCAAGGAGGUACCGUACCUCGCGACCCUGGUUCUAUCCGUUAAACCGGACCCGAGGCGGAGCGGGCGGGAAGCCUGCUGGGUUGCUGUGAGGUGGUCACUGAGAGUACUCGACUGCGACACAGCGGCCGCGCGGGUGCGGCUCGAGAUACAGGCCUUCAUCAAGGAUGGAUUCUCGCUGCCCACACUCCUCGCGCUGGGCGGGGUCGGCCAGGCCAUUGUAUCCUGCAUCCUGCCCGCGCGCUACGCCCUGCUGCCGCUGGCCUUCCUGCUCUUGCGCGCCGUAGUCGUGACCUGUCUGGAACUCGCCUCGCCGCCGCGGUACUCGUCCAAGCUGGGGGUGAUCCGCGGCCGGUUCUCAGCGCAGCUGCCCAACGCCAGCUACGACCCGAGUCGCGGGGAUGAUGCAAAAAGGCCAGCGUCGCCCUUCGGCUCCACACCCGCGGAGCAGGGCAUCGUGAUGUUCCACAUCGGCGCGCGCAUCAACCACCCGCUCGGCGCCCUGGCGCCCGCCAUGAAAGAGUUCGGCGACCUUACGGACGCAGUCACCCAGGAGCUGCAGGCGCGGGCCGACGAGUUUGGCUGUCUGGGCAUGUCGGCCUGGCGCGCGGCGGACGCCGACUCGCUCAAUACCUCGAUGGCCGUCAUCUACUUCCGCGACUUCGAGGGGCUCAACCGCUUCGCGCACGACAAGGUGCACCGGCAGGUGUGGGACUGGUACCGCAACGUGUUUGUCAAGAAGCACGGCUACUCGCACGUCGGCAUCUUCCACGAGGCCUUCUACGCGGUUCCCGGCGCGUACGAGACGAUCUAUGAGAACAUGCCGCCCACGCUGAUGAGCCGGGCCGAAGCCAGUGUCAGGAACGAGGCCACGGGCCGGGAGGAGUGGGUCGGCACCGUGGUCGACGCGUCGGUGAAGUCUUCUCCAGCGUUCCGGACCCAGUACUCGCGGCUGAACAGGGUGGUCAAGCGGCAGAUGGAGGCGUCUUAUUAGGGCACACAUGUUGCAAGCAGCAUUGGUCUGGUUCAAAACGGAAACGUUGAAUUGUGGUAUCGUAAAGAGGUGCCAUGGGAUCCAAGCCAUACUUCUUGCUCAACC